AUGUAUAAACUUCGCUUUUCGGAAAUCUCAUCUGCGCCUCAUGUUCAGUUUCACAAGAUUCAACAUUUAUCGAUUGAUUUUCCAAUCAACGAUCAUUUUUGGAAAGUCGUACCAAGUCUCGAUCAUCUAGUUUCACUUGAUAUUCUAUCAGAAGGCCAUGACAAUUUAUGUCAAAAUCAAUUACAAACGUUACUUGAACGAUCUCCUCGUCUAUCGUCAAUUCGUAUUUAUUGGAAAACGUUAACAAGUUCUUUGCGACCACUGUUCGAUAGUCGAAACAUAUCCGUGUACCAUUUAGAACUACUAUGUUACAACGAACGUUUGAAACGUGAAGCAUGCCAAAUGUUAAACACCAUUAUUCCAGGUAUCGAUUGUAAAGUAUUGACUCUAAUGGUAUUCGAUCGCUGGUGUAUUCUUGAUCUUGUCAAUACAUUGAACCAUCUUACAUCAUUGAAAAUUGAUUGUCACAAGGAGAAAGCUGUUCGAUGUGGUCAACCGAUAAAUACGGAUACAGUCGAGUGGUUAAAACAACAACUUUUAGCGGCAUUUCCUGAUAUUCAAAUAUCAAAGCAAGACGAUAGUAUUCGUUUGUGA